UCAAAUGUCAAAGCGAAAACAAAUUUCGGUGUUUACAAACAUUUUACAUCGUUUAUCUUACAUUAUUUUACGCACACAUCACAUCUGAAAAGAAUAUAAAAAAUAAAAACCUAUUAUUUAGAUCAGUACAAGGGGCAUAUUGAUAAAUAUUAUUUAUUCUGAUGUCAACAAUAGAUAAAAAGAGUACAACUAGUACAAGUUCGAGCUCCUCUUCAGGCAGCAGCUCUACAAGUGGGAGUUCUAGUUGCUCGGAAACUGGAAGUAGUUCGUCCGAGUCUGAGUCUAGCAGUUCUGGUGAAGAUAAGACCAAAGUAUUCAACAACAACGUAAAAUCUAAUUCGAACACGCAUCGCAAAAAUUCUGAUUUUAAAUCUGCGGCAAAAUUAACUGAUUCUGAGAGAUAUGCGUUGGCAUCCAAAUCACGUAUCAAUCACGGAGUUAAUAAUCGGUUUUCACGUUUAGAUACAAUAUCCAGUGAAGAUGAUAUUCCGCCACCAAAAAAAUCUACGCGACCUUCUGCACUUAACAUAGCAGCUGCUGCCCAAAGGAAGAAGGUGUACCCAAAUCCAAUAUUAGCCAUGCACUCACAUAAGGCAGCUGCUUAUAAAACAUCUCCUUCUGCAUCAAAACAACAGCCAAAAAAUUCAAAUACAAAAUCACAAAUAGCUAAAGGGAACAAUGUAAACAAACAGGUAUGUGCCGAUGUAAGCAAUGUAAAUGAAACAGAAGAAUCUCUACAUACCCAAAGUUCGAACGUAUUACCACCUAAUGUCAGUGCUGAAAAACCAGUCAAAGACAGCCCAUCUAGUCCGAAUGAUAAAGAAAUUCAAAUUAAAAAACCAGUAGCGCAGAAAACACAAAUGAUGGUUUCCAAUACGAAUGAUACUAAAGGGUGUCAAAAUGCGCGUGUAAUGCCUCAGCCUAAGAAAAACCUUAUAAGUAAAAACUUUUUGGUGCAGCAGCAGAAGAGCUCUGAAGAGUCGGAAUCUGAAAGUGGUUCGCUGACCGGUGAUGACACAACUACAACUAGCGAUUCUGAUUCGAGUGAUUCAAGCAAUUCGUUUAUGUCAGAGAUAACAAAAUAUAAACGGGCAGCUACAUCAACUAAAAUAUCACAUUCAGAUUCUGAAGAUGCUGCAACUGAGGUACAAGAAACAACAACUCGCAAGUUGACCCGCUCUUUAAGCUCGAGACACUCACAACAACAAGUCAAAAAUCCUGUCGUUAAUCCUCCCGUUUAUUAUGAAAGUGAUUCAGAUGAUGUGACUGAAAUUGGUGCAGUUAAGCGAUCUCAAUCGACAAGCCCAACAAAGAAACCUGGUAUGACUUUAAGCUCCAGCAAUAAGACUAACGUAAAAAAGGAAAUUUUCCCAACACUAACACAUUCGAAGCCACAGUCAUUUUCACCAUUACAAAAGGUGGAACGUAAGUGCUCAGUAGAAGGUUGUGACUCAUCUGGACAUUUAAGUGGAUUACUAGAACGACAUUUUCUACCUGAAGCGUGUCCUAUUUAUCACAACUUAACUGCAGCUGAAUGCAUUGCACAAGCCAAUGAACGUAAAGUGCUUGAGGAACAGCGACAAAAGCUAAUAAAUAGUUUGACAACAGCCACUGCAGUAGUUACUGCAACAACUACUACAACAGAUACAUCAACAGUUGCAGCCCCACCAACCAGUACAGACGAUACAGUGAAAGUAUUGACUCCUGAACAAACAGAAUUUCUUGCAAAAAUCAAGGAAUCACGAGCAAACUUUCGACCAUUGUCUACGGUGAUUAAUAGCGAAAAAGUGAAAACAGAAAAGUAUUAUGCAGAUGAAGAUCGUGAACCUAAACUAAUUGGGAUUGCACCUGAUUAUGAUAUAGCAAUGUUCCGUGAAGCGCAAUCAAUUGCUUCAGUUAAAAUUGAGGAAGAACUCAAAGACUUACCAUUGGGAAAAGGCAUAAAAUAUAUAACGAUGGGAAAAUAUAAGAUGGAAGUUUGGUAUCAAUCCCCAUAUCCUGACGAUACUGCUUCCUUAUCCAAAAUGUAUAUUUGUGAAUUCUGUUUACGUUAUCAAAAGUCUGAAACGUGCAUUAAGCGUCAUGCACAAAAAUGUGUAUGGCGACAUCCACCUGGCGAUGAAAUAUAUCGAAAAGGAAAACUUCAAGUGUGGCAAGUGGAUGGCAAAAAGCACAAACAGUAUUGUCAGCAUCUUUGCUUGUUAGCAAAAUUUUUUCUGGAUCACAAAACGCUUUAUUAUGAUGUCGAACCAUUUUUAUUCUAUAUAAUGACAUUGGCUGAUAUGGAUGGUUGUCAUACAGUGGGGUACUUUAGCAAGGAGAAAAAUUCUUUCUACAAUGUUUCCUGCAUACUAACUUUGCCACCAUAUCAGCGAAAGGGAUACGGAAGACUGCUAAUUGAUUUUAGUUAUUUAUUAACAAGAGUGGAAGGAAAAAUUGGUUCACCGGAGAAGCCUUUAUCAGACUUAGGCUUAAUAUCAUAUCGUUCUUAUUGGAAGGAUGUACUGUUGGAUUAUCUUUGCAACCGUUCUGGAAAUACGCUCAGCAUAAAAGAUGUCUCACAGGAAAUGGCUAUAUAUUCAUAUGAUAUUGUCAGUACACUUCAAGCUUUAGGCAUGAUGAAAUAUUGGAAAGGCAAGCAUAUUGUCCUUAGAAAACAAGAUGUUUUGGACGAGUAUGAAGAGCGUUCCAGAAGGAGAGGCAAUUUUCCAAAAAUCGAUCCGACUUGCCUAAGAUGGAAACCCUUUGUACCACUACAAACAAACAAUUCGCCUUAAUUGUAUUAAAUCCCUACACAUACUAUUUCACUAACAGUUUUCAUAUGUAGAUCCUUCCUUAUCCAUCCUUAUAAUUAAUUUAUGAUUUAUAGAUUAAAAUAUUUCUUAAUUUUUAUUCAACAGUGUAGUUUCGAAAACUCACA